UUACCAAGCGUCACUCUAUCUAAAAAAAAAAAAACCCCCCAGUCUUAUGUAUUCUAUAUAUACUGCCAUAUUAUAUAUCAUAUUCUCAACCAAUAUAUUGUUUACUCCACAAAAGUCAUUCUUUUUUGUGAUGAAAUGUUACAUUCAUUGAAGAUUUUUUUUUUUUUUUUUUUUUUAAAGAGUGCUAUUUACAGAUGAAUGAAUUGAAAAACAUUGAAGUCAUUCUUUUAAAUAAGAUAUGUAACUUAUUAGUUGUUAAUAACGUCGGCAUAAUUGAGAUCCCAAAAUCUCACAAGUUACAUACACGAGGUUUUUGUAUUUUUAAAAACUUCUAAAUCGAGAUAGAUCUAUGGUCGAUGAGGCGACGACAAAAAAAGCCAGUAGAUAUCACACCAAACACGUCUUAUUGGGGUUAUGAUUCAUAGGCUCUGAUUCAUCGUUCAAAUCAAGAUAUAAUAAUAUUCUGUUGACCCAACAAUGCAGAUUCGUAUAUUUUCACUGUUCUUUUGUCUCGUUCUCAUCUCUCACGUGUAAGUGUUUAUGUUCUUACAUCUCUGUGUAGCCGUUUCCGGAUCCCGACACAAGCAUUCUCUUCCAUUGUCCCCACUUUGCUUAGUUGGUCUAAUAGUUUUAUUUUAAAAUCAGUUUCUAUAUUUGAUUGGUCUAUUUAUGGGUUUAGUAUCAGUAAGCAACACGAUUUUCACCUAUAACGUACGAGUACAUGCAACACGAUUGUACAUGUCACAUUUAUCUUCAUUAUCUUGAAUUUAAAAUGUAGUGUGUAGUUGGAAAAAAGAAAUUAUUUGUUGGUCGUUCAAUUUUUAAGUGAGAUAAUUGGUGGACUUUAUAGGCCUAAUUUAAGUUACCAAAAUUGGGCUUUAACAAGGAUCCAUACACUUUAGGUUGAAACAUGAAUUUUUGAUUCCUAACACCGGAAAAACAAAAACAAUACAAAAUCCUCCUCUUUGAAACAACUUAGUCGACGAUUAUUAUCUGAUUCACUUUUUCAAAUGGAUACGAUUAGCAUGGAUCAGAAUCAAAAUAUGCAGUAAUGCAGAUCGAAACAUCUUUGAACAAAUUCAAGGGAAGCUUUCGAGAGUAAUUAUAGCUUUGCGUUCAUCCCACGAAUGGCUAAGCCGCCCUUAAAAGUUAUGUAGACAAUUCCACUUUUGGACUUGAGUGGCUCUUCAUCUUCACUACUAGUUUCUGUCGCCGCUUUCACAAUCGUCAACUUUUGAUGGUUAGGCCCUUUCUUUAGCCUCAAGGCUUACUUGCAUCUAUCAAGAACUUGCUGCAGGUGAGAAAUCUUUAUUACAUCUACCGUUUAACAGUUUGUUGAUCUGAGAGCAAAUAUCUGAACCCUCAAGAAAAGAUAUAAAACGACGGACCAGACUCUUUUUUUCGUUUCCCGAGAGUCAGUUUCACUUGGAGAAGAAGAAGAGUAAUUCGAAAAAAAAAAAAAAACUUGCCUGACAAAGACCCAAUUGAAUUUGUGGUGAAAUUUAUAUAGUUGUUGCUGAUUUUUUGGUAAAAUGUGAAAAUACAAUCAUACUAUUAGAACGAGUUUUAAAGAAAAAAAAACAAAUGAAAUUAUGGCUAUAAAUACACAUUACACGAGAGCUUUUUUCAAAAAUCAAAUCAAGCUCUGUUUCCAUUAUUUCUCGCUGCUGACUUCACACACGACGAUGGUUAAUAUCUCUGAAAUUCUCGACGACUCUAACGACGGCGGCAAUCCAAACAAGAAACCAGAAGAACAAGUUUUAAGAAGAAGUAGCCGAAUCUCGACAAGAAACGAGAAUCAAAACAAGAAGCCCAAGGAAGAAGAAAAAGAAGAUAUUCGCUCGAUAUCUUUCCCAAUUCCAGACGAUCUCACGGAAGCUUGCAUCGCACUCAUCCGGAGAUGUGACUACCCUAGUCUGUCUUCCGUCUCAAGUUACUUUUUCACUCUCAUCGCUUCGUCAAGACUCUACGAAACGCGUUCGCGCCUCGGUCUUUCUGAAACCUUUCUUUACGCCGCCAUUAAAUUCCCUGAUGACAUUCCCCCAAAAUGGUACAUUCUCCAUCGAAACAAGGUUUCUUCUUUACGUUUGACGGAACUCAGCUCACUUCCACCUGUGCCUUAUGGAUGUUCUGUCGUCACAAUUGGUCAAUAGAUGUAUGUAAUCGGUGGAGUCAUCGACAGAAGACGCUUACAGUCUAUGAAUCUCAUCGAUUGCAGAACUCAUAAGUGUCGCUCCCUCCCGAAGAUGAAAAGGGGUCGUUACAAUGCAGCCGCCGGAGUUAUUGACGGAAAGAUUUUUGUAAUCGGAGGCUGAAUGGUGUUUGAUCUAAAGAAACAGAGUUGGGAAUCUUUGCCUGGUCCGUACCCUAAAACUAGUUCGGGUUGCGAGUGGAAAACAUAUGUGGUGAUGGAAGAGAAGUUAUACAUUUUGGAUUCUAAAUUUUGUUUGGUUUACGAACCAAAAAGAAACAUUGAAUGGGACGCAUCCGUCGGAGCAACUCCUUUAAUGGAUUUGUGGAAAUAUACAUGUUGUGUGGUAGAUGAUAUGUUGUAUACGAUUGAUCGUCAGCGUACUCUUGGACAUCCAAGUAUAGUCGUGUAUGAUCCAAAGGACAAGACUUGGAGACCUGUGAAAGGUGAAUCUUUGGGAAGAUUGCCUAGUUAUCUCUUUGAUAAGUCUGAAAUGGCGAAUUUUGGUGGAAAGUUGGUGAUUUUGGGUAGUAACGAGAGCUAUGUUACUGGUGAUUGCAUUGGGGAAAAAGGUAUUUGGUGCGUAAUGAUCGCGUUGGAAAAACGUGAAGGAGAAGAGAUUUGGGGGAUGGUCGAAUCACUCGACUGUGUGCUUGGAGACAUAAACUUUCUGAUGGUUAGGCUAUGUCGAACAGUGACCAUUUGAUGAUACAUGGGAUGGUUUCUUGCAGGUGAAGGAUCUUUAUUACUCAAGAGUAACUCUGUCCUUCUUUACCUCUGUGCACAUUGAUAAUAUUCGUACAUAAUUAUUAUAGCCUUGAGUAGAUUUCUUAAGCUGUAACAAGAUUACAAGAGUGGGCUAGCUGCAUUUUUACAAAAUAUUCUUACCAAAACUUGUUGAAAUGCAUCUUUAGUUAUAGGCUUAUAGCUAUGUUUUGAGUUUUUCUGCAGUUUCACUAACAUGCUCUCAAGUUU